UAAUAACGCACUAAUUCAGAACUCAUACAGUACACAUUCCAGUAUGUUUGAGCCAUUGCCAUCUUUAUGUACCAGAUAACACCUCGUACCACAUAGGAUUUGGAUCUACGAUCAAUCAGUUAACAAUAGACCAUUAUAUCACUGAGUUAUUGAGGAAUAACAAAAGAUUUGAUAAGUUAAAGAUUGUGGAUUUUUUCUAAAGAAGAUGGCUCAAAAUGAAAUUGAGGAAAUGUUAGAUCGCUUGCGAAGGAUCGAGAGUAGAGGUAAUCUGAGUAGCGUCGAGAUUGGGAAAGUUGAGAAAUUUGAAAGAAUGCUAAGAUUUCUUAGAACCAUUACAAGUUAUCAUCGUUUUAUUUUCCCUGAUACAUUAGUCAAACUCACAAAGAAGGCCAAAUCGAUUGUGAAAACACUUCAAGGAAUAUUUGAUGGGAUUCCAGAUGAAUGUAAAACUAACCUUAAUCUGGAAAGGCUCGUAUCACAUUUGUUCGAAUUCUUUCAAGGUAAUACGACCAGUUUAAGUUGCAAUUCUGAGUCGAAUGAUUUUGAUCUCUCAGAAUGUAUGGAUUGGCUCGUAAAGAAUAUAAAUGAUGUACUGAUUCUCGUGGGACAGCCUAUGGAUGACUCAUCUUGUCGGUCUAGGUUAGAGUUUCUAUUUAUAAAGCAACUAAAAAUUAUUCACAAGAAAAUGAGAUUUUUGAGAUACUUAUAUGCCACAGAAAUAAAUGGUUACAUUGACUAUGAGAAGUUGGAAGGUCUGGAGACCCGAAUUCAGGUCUUGGCUGAUAAUGUAGGACAAUUAUGUACUGUAUUUAUUGUACUCGAGGAUGAGGAUGAGGAUGAGGAUGACAAUGAAAUAGUUGAUAUAGUUGAGAAUAAACCUCCUUAUCUAUUAGGGUUGAUUGUGUUAGUGGAGCAGGAAAUGAAGAAGAUUUUUCUUAGUGAAUUAAAGGCUUCAAAGUUCACCCAAUCAAAAACAUUCAAGGACAAGAAAUUACCAAAAGGAUUUUCACAUCAUCUCAACAGUCUGUUGGUGUAUCUCAGAAACACAAAGCUCAAGAACUUUCCUGAUAAUGUGUCUGCUCAAAAUAUUGGUCUGUCAAUAGAGCUUCUGUUGUUUUUUCUUGAUGCUGAUCUUUCAAAUCAUGUUAUUAGUCGAAACUGGUUGAAUGAGAUCUUGGAAAACGUGGCAACCAUAGCGGGUGAUGUUCUAUACGUAAUUCAAAAGCUUCUUCCUAGAUCAAUAAGCAAAGACGAUGACACUAGCAAGAUAAACAUUUACUCGAUGCAGGUAUUGGAGAAAACUAAAGAUCUGAAGGCACAAGUAGAGACGUACUACAAAUCCUUAAUAUUUACUCCAUCUCAGUUCCCUACCUCUGGUGGUUUGACCUUUAUGGAUUCUCUUUUAAGGAAAUUAAAUGAGAUGUCAAGAUCUAAAUAUGGUUUAGAUUUGCUGAUGAAACCUAUUUACUGUAAUUUGGAGAAAGAGCAAUCAACUCUUAUAUCCAAUUUAGAGAAGGAGUUGUCAUCUUUAUCAUCCAUUUUCAGAGAUGUCACAAAGGUGCACCAUGAACAUAAAGAUCUUCAAAGACGUACCAUCAAUUUGGCAUAUGAAGCUGGGGUUUCCAUUGACUCUAUUUGUGCUAAAUAUAAUGUUUUUUGGCAUUGUUUUUGCUCACUUCCAACAAUCGUAGAAGAGAUCAAGCAAAUUAAUGCAGAGGUAACCGAGAUGUGGUCAGCGGACAUUCCUCUUAAUCCUCACUAUGUGGCUGCACCAUUUAAACACCUGCCAACUCGUCAUAGCAAUCCCAUUACUGAUGAGGAGAUAGUGGGUUUUGGGAUUGACAAAGAAAAAAUAAUUCAGUGUCUGAUUAGAGGUACAAAUGAUCUAGACGUUGUCCCAAUUGUAGGCAUGGGGGGACAAGGGAAAACCACAAUUGCUAGAAAGGUGUACAAUAGUGACAACAUUGUUUCUCAUUUUGAUGUUCGAGCAUGGUGCAUCGUUUCCCAAACAUAUAACCGGAGAAAGCUAUUACAAGAGAUUUUGAGUCAAGUUACCGGUUCCAAGGACAAGGGAUAUGAGGAUGAUAUCCUUGCUGAUGAGUUGAGGAAAAGCUUAAUGGGAAAGAGAUAUCUCAUUGUCUUGGAUGAUAUGUGGGAUUGUAUGGCAUGGGAUGACUUAAGGCUUUCCUUUCCAGAUUUUGGAAAUAGAAGCAGAAUAGUAGUAACAACUCGACUUGAGAAAGUGGGCGAACAAGUCAAGUUCCAUACUGAUCCUUAUUCUCUUCCAUUCCUCACAAAAGAAGAGAGUUGCAAAUUGUUGCAGAAAAAAGUUUUUCAAAAGGAAGAUUGUCCGCCUGAACUACAAGAUGUAAGUCAAGUAGUUGCAGAAAAAUGCAAGGGACUGCCUCUAGUGAUUGUCUUGGUAGCUGGAAUAAUCAAAACAAGGAAACUGGAAGAAUCUUGGUGGAAUGAGGUGAAAGAUUCUUUAUUUGACUAUCUUGAUUGUCAUUCAGAGCAAUAUAGUCGGGCUACUAUGCAGUUGAGUUUUGAUAACUUAGCUGAUUGUUUAAAACCUUGUCUUCUUUAUAUGGGGAUGUUUCCGGAGGAUGCAAGCAUUAACGUGUCUGCAUUGUUAAGUUUAUGGUUAGCGGAAGACUUCGUUCAGAACAUUAAAUCUGCUGAAGAUUACUUGAUGAAUCUCAUUAGCAGUAACGUGGUAAUGGUUUCAAAGAAAGAAUAUAAUGGCAAGAUCAAAUACUGUGAGGUUCAUGAUGUAGUGCUUCACUUUUGCUUGGAGAAGAGUAGAGAAGAAAAUUUUAUGUUGGUUGCGAAGGGAAAUCAUAGUCAAUUUCAAUCUUUUGUUUGGAAGCAAAGUCGAGUGAGCUUCAAUUUGAUUGAAGAGAAUUCCAAGUUUGCAUCCAAAACAAGGAAGUGUUCCCAUCAACCGUUGAGGUCACUGAUAACGAACGGAGCAUCUUUUUAUAUAAUGUCCUUAAGUUCUUGGAUUCAUAAUUUGCGACUUCUUAAGGUCUUGGUUUUGAGUUCCUAUGAAGUUGACUAUGUGAAUUCAGCUACACUGAAACCACUUAAUUACCUGAAGUACCUCGGAGUAAGGGCAACUACGUUCUAUUUUGAUCGAGAAUCACAUCUGCCCCAUCUUGAAACUUUAAUUGUGAAGAAUGAUAGAUCAGUUAUGUUACGAGGGUGUUUUUGGGAAAUGGAACAAUUAAGGCAUGUUGAGAUCAAUGAUGCUGAAUUUGAUAAGCAGGGGCUCUUUGAAGGAUCCUCUAAAUUGGAAAAUUUGAGGAUAUUAAAGAACAUUGUUGGAUUUCCAAUUGAUAGGGCGGAUGUGUUAUCAAGGAGGUGUCCUAAUCUUCAACAACUUCAAAUCGAAUUUGGAUCUUUUGCAGAACCUCUUUGGCUCACAUUGGAGAAUCUUACCCAGCUUCAAAUACUUGACCUUUCCUUUAGGUUGUUCCACAUGCUAUCUGGGUUACAAUUGCCUUCAAAUUUAAAGAUGUUGGUACUAAGAGACGCUGAUCUAGAAAACCUAACUUCCUUCUUUGCUGGACUACCAAGCCUGGAGUAUCUUCAAUUAACAAAUAUGUAUUUUCCUCAAUCAGAAUGGUGCCUUGGAGAUAUCACGUUUCAUAAACUCAAGUUGUUGAAACUGGUGCAGUUAGAUAUCUCAAGGUGGGAUGUCUCGGAGGAAUCCUUUCCCCUGCUUGAAACAAUCGUUAUAAGAUGGUGCCAUAACCUCGAGGAAAUCCCCAUUAGCUUUGCAGAUGUUCCAACACUGAAACAGAUUAAGUUGGUUCACUGCAAGAACAAAUCUCUGGAGGAUUCAGCUGUGAGGAUUAAGAAAGAUGUUGAAGAGAAUGAAGGAAACGACCGUAUUGACCUCAUUAUCAAAAAAUAGUAGGGUCGUCCGGAAGCUGUGAGUCAAUUAUGUGCCUGUAAUUACAACAAUGGUAAAUAUGGUUUCUGUUUUAUUUUUUUCGUGUUCCUUUCUCUAAUCUAAUGUUUGGUUUCACUUAAUUUCUCCACGUUUAUCUCAAAUUAAAUUUGAUAAUUGCAGCAAAAGUACAGCCAAUUGUUGCAGCCACGCUCAUGCUCAAGUAUAUUGUGCGCCUAGAGCCGACAUCCCUGUCCUUUUUCUGUAUGUUGUAGAUGAUCUUUCACUGUGAUUUCUUGUUGCCUUUUAUAAACAUCAUGCCUUUGUUAUGCAGCUUUAUUAAUUUACAACCUGUCAAAACAUUGCUUCUUUGUUUUUUGUAAUAUAAUAGUUGUUUCCCUUC